AUGGACUCGUCAGACGACCUGAACGACUGGAACGAUCUGGACUUGGAAGACGACGAUUUCUACGGCGGGGGGAACAGCGACGAAGAGGAUGACGAUUCCGGAUUAGAGGAGAAUGACUCCGACGACUCUGAAGACGUCCUCCACAACCGGCAUCAGGUGGGAACCAUUCAGUGGGGAGCUUCCCCAAUCCUCUCCUUCUCUCAUGCUUAAUUCCUGGCCUUUCAAAAGGCGACUACUCCCGAUUAUCCUUGGCAGGAAAUCAUUUGACUUGCCGGAGGACUUGACGAUCUCUGCAUCUGCCUUAGCUUGCUUCUUUCUUUUGGCAAGGACCCAGUUUUGUUUUCGCUAUGAAGUAGAUGAUGGGUAAAGCGCAAAAUAAUUUAGUUCAGAUUUUUUUUUGGAAAUUAGUCGGAUCAAUGCCGUUGAGGAUGGGGAAAAUUACGGCUAGUAUUGUUCUUGGUGCGGGUAGCUAAUCUUGUGAUAUCUUAGUUUCUGUACGAUUGGUGACUUGUUACUAUUUUAUCAUCAACUAUAAUUAAUAUUUACAGUUGGUUCUGCAGAACUAUACGAUCUUAAGUGAGCAUGAUAUAAUUCAGCUUCAAAUGGCGGACAUUAGUAGGGUAUCUCAAGUACUCUUGAUAUCUAGAGACGAUGCGUGCAUACUUCUUCGCCAUUAUAAAUGGUAUGUUUUAUCCAAAUGGUACUGGGAGUUUAUGCUUCAUUGUGCUACGUCUUCUGGUUAUUUCUAGACUUUAAAUGAUACUUGAAAUUUUCAUGGGAUGAUCCUGUCUCCACCAAGGAAACCAUUUUCUAGCAAAGCGUAAUGCUUAGGGUGAGAUCACACCACAAUAAUGUACGAGAAGAAGAGUAAACUAUAGGAAAUGAAGAUGAUAGAAAAAACAUGAAAAAUAAAUCCCAUAUAGCAAAAAAAAUUAUCCAAAAAACUCAAUAUCCCAUAAAACUUCAAUUUCUAUUACAUCCCAAGAGAAUUAUGAAAGAACAGCAUUUGACCAAUGGCAUGCUCAAUUACACCAAUUUGUCAUCCUCAUCUCUUAUUAAAUGGUGCUUAAUCAUAGGCUAGUUACAUAUCUUAAAGUCCCAGGUCCUGGCUUGGAGUAAUAUCCGCAGAUGACUAGAUAUCUGGAUUUACUAAAAGUUAGAAGUGUCUCUUUCCAUGAAAUGCUGUUCGGGUUGUAACUUGGUUGUUACUGUCAGGCAAAGGAUCACUUCUCGGUCAAAAACUAAUCGGUUAAAUUUGGCCUGGAUUGAGGUCAACGUGUUUAUAAUUGGCCCGAAUCCAGUCAAGUCUUAUAACUGAUUGUGCGAGAGCAUAUACUUCUAAAAAUGAUUGGGGCAAGCCCAGUCAAGCCCCAUAGAAACCUGUAAACUAUUCUUGGGUGGUCUUGCUGAAAUCACUUUUAGAAGUACAUAUACGUACAUAAUCACCAAUCUGUUAAGAAUUUUGUAGCCUAUGUGCCAGUUAAAAGAGGUCGGAUUGGUCUGUCUGAUCAAAUCCAAAAUCAAAUGUGCACUGUGUUUUUCUAGCUGUAGUUCCACGCAACCUAUUUAAAUCUUUGUCGCUCAUAUGGAAAAGACGGAUUCAAAUACUGGCCUACUAGCACAUAUGAGAAAUUUCUUUGACUGGGUUGGAAAGAGAGCAAACUGUUUUAUUUAAUCUAAUUUACCAUCAGUUAUGUGUAGUUUCUAUUUAAUUUGCUUUAAAAAAGAAACUAAUGUAAUGCGGGUCAUUUGGUUUAUCUACUGAAUGAAAUGGCAAUCUGUUAUCCAUAGUGAUCUUAUUUAUUCAUGUCAUCGUUCUACUGCACAGGAGUGUAAACAGGGUGCACGAUGAAUGGUUUGCAGAUGAAAAAGGUGUUCGAAAAGCAGUAGGAUUGUUGGAGACGCCCAUGGAAAUGCCAAGCAGGACAGUAAGUUCCUCAUAUUAUCUGCCAUUUCUGCUUAGUUUCUGACAGCAGAAUUCUCCUGGUGGGCAUCAAGUUUUCUCGUUCCCUUUGUUUGAAAAUCACGCUUUUAAUUCUCAUUUUAAUAUUUUGUAUUCAUGGCUUUCUUGGUUAGCCUCAACUGUGUCUCUGUUGCUUUUGGGUAGUUGGCGUGUGGUACCUGCUUUGAGGUGCACCCGCGUGAUAGGAUGAGAUCUGCUGCAUGCGGCCAUCCUUUCUGUAUUUCAUGCUGGAGAGGUUCGUUUUCUAUCACUAUUGAUGUGAUAUCAUGUCCCUUCCGAUUUAGAGAAUAAAUAUUUCAUAUUUAUUCGUGGAGUUUCAGUUGCUUUUGCUGAAUCAUCUCGAUGGGAAUCCUAGAUUGAGAUACGAGAGAAAGAGAAAAAGGAGGAAGGGGGAGGGGGGCGCGGCGGUGGAGAUACCAGAAAAUGGGCGAAUCCAACUCCUGGCAGAACCCUUGCACCAGAAUGUGGAGACCUUUCUCUCUUCCAGCUUACGACGACCAGCUUUCUUCCCCCAUCCUUCAGUUCGUUUGCCCUAAAUGCUGUUUCUCUUCUCCUCUCCAACCCCCCCCCCACAAUGCAAAAUACAAAAGAGUCCGUGGGUUGAGCUCCUAACUUGCCCCUUAUCUUUGGCCCGUUAGGCCCCAAAUGGCUCCAGCGUUCCAUUUCUACAUGUCAAAUUUAUUUUAUUUUCCAGUUCCAACUUGACUCAACUGAAUCUAUACAGAGAUCCAGAUAAUUACUUUACUAUUUAAUCAUUUAGAUGAGCUACCAGAUCGAAAUUUCUUUUUAUUAUUAUCUAAUAUUUACCCUGCGUUCUUAAAGGCUAAAAAGAAACAUAAUACUGACAUGAUUGACCCAACCCUGUUGAUUCUGGAAUUUUCAUAUCAACAGAUUUCUUUUCUGAUUAGUUUUUUUCUUUCCCCUAUCUUUUUUCACCAUAGAAGGUAUCUAGACUUCUGAUUUCUGUUCCAAGAAACCUUCUCUGGAAUCUCUACUUGGGAUCAAAUGCGUAAUGUGCAGUUCUUAUAAUUUUACAUCUAUUUGACUAGAGAAAAAUUGACGAGCACAAAAUUUCUAUGGGCAGGCUACAUUGGCACAGCUAUAAAUGAUGGUCCUGGAUGUUUGAUGCUACGAUGUCCUAACUCGAAGUGCACUGUGGCCAUAGGCCAAGAUAUGAUUGAUGAAAUGGCAACUGAAGAAGAAAAGAAGAAGUAUGCGCGACACCUUCGUAGAUCAUAUAUUGAAGAUAAUGGGAAGGUAAAUCUAAGCCAGAGUUUAGUAGUAUUCUUUUCAGAUAUUUCAGUGUUAAAGAAGAUUUUUAUUAUAUUUGUUUUUCUCGACCUUGGAAAUAAUUGAUUUAGCAAGAAGAGAGGACCUAACUUUGUCAUUCAUUAUCCUACUUUGGACCUCGAUAGGAACUCUUCUAUACUGCAAUGAUUAACAAAAGUGGAUCAUGACCGGAUCUGUCAUGGUUUCAUCCUACUUUGCAUCGAAACAACAGCUUUAAAAUUGGAGAUAUUUGAACAUGAAUUAACUGAGAAUAAAACUGCCUAGAAAAAGAUGGGCAAAAGAUUCAAAUUCAUUGAAAGUUUGGUUGACCUUAAGAUGAGUUUCAAUGCACUCAGAAUGCUGGACUUCUAUGAAACGUAGACCGGAGAUAUGUAUACGCACUCACACAGAAUUUGAAAAGUUUGGGUACUUGAGUCAAUAAUCUACUUAAGUUUUCACCGAAAAAACUAGUUUAACAGGUUGAAAAGAGAAAUGUGGUUGUGACAUGAGGAAACAGGCAUAAAUCUCUUCAGGUUAUAAUAUUUUUUUUGGAUUAUAGUUAAAUACUAUUCCAGACCACAAGUGUUGAUAGUUUGUCAAUGAUUGUUGAUACAAUGGCUGAUACUUUUACCCGGAUGAUCAAGGGUUUGAUUUGAUAUUAUGUUUUUGCCGAUAAGGCAGGUUCUGAAGGACUUCGUUUUUAAUUUCUAGGGUUGGACUUCUCGAACCAAAUCUCAUUGAGAAAAUCAAGACAAGUGAAUGCAGAAAUUGUGAUUUUUGUCAUAAUCAAAGUCAAUUUAUCCAGUUUAACACGACCUUAAAUUUUUUAUGAACAUUUAGAGAGAGUGACUGCUUUCAUGCUUGGAAAGACGUGGGUUUUGCUACACUGAAAAGCUUUGGAGUCAUCCUUCGCAUCUUUGCAGCUUUGUGGGCAGAAAACCACUCUUAGCUCUUGGAAAUCGUUAAGUAAUGUCAAUGAUACUAUUUUUCUUGAUGUUUUUUUUGUGCUAGUUCAUGUCAGUGUUGAUUUUGUUUAUGUUCUUCUUUUGGAGAUGGUAGAAAAUUUCCAUAGUUGAAGUAAUGAAAUUGUGGGGAGUGCAUGGGAUUUUAAGAUGCAGUGUUAUUUUCCCAGACAAUAUUUAAUGUCAACUUACCAGAGCCCACAGAGGAGCCAAAAAUGCAUAAAAUCCCCGUUUCACCAUCAGUUCCUCCAAUUAUUGAGUUUUCUGUACACAUUGCUCUCUCCCCAUUGAUGACCCAAAAUAACCGCCAUCAUUUUUUAUUUUUUCUUUUACCUCUUCAACGUCUUAAUCUUUUUUUCUUUUGAUUUUUAGACAAAAUGGUGUCCGGCACCUGGUUGUGAGUUUGCAGUGGACUUCGUUCUGGGAAGUGAAAGUUACGACGUUACCUGCAAGUGCUCUCAUAGCUUUUGCUGGAAUGUGAGAGCUUUUGACAUUUUAUGUCUGAUUCAUUGUACUCUGAAUCAAAUCAUAAUUUAUUUUCAAUUUUAUUUAUUUUUUGGAAAUAAUUUUCAGUGUACAGAGGAAACCCAUCGACCAGUGGAUUGCAAAACAGUGACAAGGUGGAAUCUGGAGAACAGUACUGAAUCUCAAAAAAUGAAGUGGUAGAUAUCUGCACUGUAGUAUCUUACAAUUCCAGGAUUAUCCUAGUGGCUGUCUUAUACGUGAUGUCCUUGAGAUAUUUUCACGCAUAAUUAAUUUAUCUUAUUUAUUUAUGUGGUUAUAUCUGUUUUGAAUGGACAUCAGCAAUGAAUAUGAGGUACCAGGCCAAAGAGACUUACAUGUUGUCCUUCUAUUCUCGUAAUUUCAUCUUUUUAUCGUAAUUAAGCAUGUAAGCUUUUUAUUGUUGUUUAAUUAUCCCUCUGGCUGAAAAUCACCAAAGUGUAUCUUGAAAACUUGCUUAAAUAGUGUUUUAGGCUAAGUUUUGAAAACUUGAAAACUUGAUUCUAGCAGUAAAUGAUAAUACUACUUGAAGAAUAAAAAGUUGAAAAAUUAGGAAUUGAGAAAUAGAUUCACCAUAGUUUUAUCCUAGAAAAUAUCUUAUUUUAUAUUUCUGUCAAAUUUAACAAUUUCACAGAAGGAUUAAACAAUAUGAAAAUGUUAUUUCCCUGUAACCAGGUUUUUGUCAUCUGUUUCCUCCCAGAUUUGUGAAUUCACAUCUUAUUCAUAAAUAAGUUUGAAGGUUGUUACCCAAGUAUGUCUCAACUGUAAAUGUGAUAACCUAAUCAAUGAUUCAUUCAUUCGUCCCUCCACCUUGGUCUUUGGGCUUGAUAAUUUUAGUAUGUUGAGAAUUCUAAAUAUUAGUCUACGCCUACUUGUGUAGACUAUUGCUCUGAUCUUUCUAAAAAAUAUUUAUUUUUCCUGCCUCCAGAAACCCCACUCAUCCAUCCGCAUAUAUAUAUAUAUGUUCACCGUUCAACAGGAAUCCAUAUUCUCUAAACAUUGAUUCAGCUCACCCGUGACUGAACCAGCUACAAUAUCAUUUCAUGUAACAUGUAGGCAUAGAUGCAAUAACUACUGCUAUACGUACAUAUGUGCGUACAGCUACGUGCUCUUCCAUUCUGUCGAUGUCCCAUGUAAGUCAGAUGUACAAAGUGGAAGGCUUCUUAUCUCUCCUGUUAACCAUAUUUAUUUCCUCUUGCCAUCUAUUGAUCUACACAUGCUUCCAGUUCUUUCUAUUUGAAAAAUGGAGCUUCUCUGUUCCCAUGGCCCACUUAAGUCGGUGCAGAACUUCAUGGAACUUUAUUCACCUAAGAAAAAUUCGUAAAGAAUAAUCUGAUUUCCCCCAUCUUUUGAGAAAGCCUUUCAUUUUCCUGCAUGAUAUUUUCACUCUCAAUGUCCAAAGACGCCAUGGAAGAUUGUAUUUCCUCAGUCAAGAUGGUAUAAAAAGGUAUCUACCCCCCAUCAGUUCCAUCCCCAGGGCAUUUCCAUCUAAAAGAAUUUCAUCUGUUGGCAGUGCGGAAAACUCGACGUAGAAUACUCAUCUACCUCUAUGCUUGUCGAGAUACUCUUACAGGAUUGAAUAGGAAAGUCCAGGUCCUUGUACAAUCCAGCUGAUAAAUAAUUUGGGGAAGCAAUUUUAUAGAUCAGUAAUAACCAGAAUAUGAGACGGGAUCAAGAUUUAAAAUUCCCAGUUUUCAUGUACAUAUUAAAAAAAAAAUAGACAUGUGGACUCUAGAAAUAUCCUGUGAGUGGAAAUCAUCACCUGAAACUGGGGCAAUACGUUUUUUUUACCGUUCCAUGUGUGCAUGAUACCUUCCACAAGGUCAUUUUUCAGUUGAUGAUUAUUUCUGAUUAAGAUGCCCAUGAGUUUAUAAAAAAAUAUUUAGUUAUUUACUACUUGUCCAAUUAACCAUCUUGUUUACCUGAGUGCUAGGGGAAUGAAAAUUUGGAAACUGCGUCUGUUUUAAAUAAAAAAUCAAUGUAGUCACUUAUUUUUCAUAUUCUAAUUGGAAUCUUUUACCUACAGUGUUUGCCGCUGAAUUUUAUUCAUUAUUUAUAUGUUUCUUUUGCUGAUGAAUAAAUAUAUGCAAUGACUAUACACAGGACAUCAGCCAACUCCAAGCCAUGUCCCAGGUGCAAACAACCAAUUGAGAAAAAUCGGGACUUCAUGCGAAUUACAUGUCCUCCAUGUAAAUUUGCAUUCUGCUGGUAAGAAAUUAAGAUCAUCAUUGUAGUACUUAGUUAAAAAAUAUAAUAUUUAUUUCUUCUUUUACUACCUUUUAGGCUGUGCUUAGAGCCAUGGUCUGAUCAUAACGAAAGGACUGGUGGUUUUUAUUCUUGUAAUCGAUAUGAAGCAGCAAGACAGGAGGGUCUGGUGCGCUGAUGCUUUCUCGUUCCCUUUAUCCGUAGCAUGGCAUCGUAACUUUUCAUUUAGAUAUUUUGAGUGAUAUAAAUAUGGUCUCAGAAUGAUGAAACCGAAAGUAGGAGGAAGAUGGCUAAGAAUUAUCUGGAGAGAUAUACACAUUAUUAUGAGCGAUGGGCGGCUAAUCAGUCUGUAAGUACAAAAAAAAUCUCUUAUUAUGUUGAGUGAUAAUGUUGAACACGCAUAGAUGUGUACUAAGACACCGUUUCUUGAAAUAUUUCAGUCGAGACAGAAGGCACUUUCUGAUCUACAGAAUCUGAAAGCUGUACAGGUGAGAAAAAAUGAUACAAUGUUGCCUCUUUCCGAAUUGCCACACCCGGUUCUGGGCUAAUUUUAAAGCAAAACCACGAUCAUAACAUAGCAAACACAAGUAAACUGAUCUGAGGAGUUUUUGACAUCUUCCUAGUUUUUUCUUUAGACCAUACCCUGAAAUGAUCCUCUCGUUAUUUUUUUCCCUGAGGAGUGUUAACCUGCAAUUGGGAUACCUUCAUAUUGAUGAAGAAAUGAAUAGUGAGAAGAAGGUCUUGAACAGAUAGUGGUAAAGUGAGAAGACAUGUCGACUUAGCCUGAUUGAUGGAUCAAUACAUUGCUGGAAAGCUUCAUAUUGACGAAUAAUGGAGGAGAAGAAAGAACGUUUUCCAUGAAUAACAGUAAACUAGAAGACGUGUCGAUCUAGUCCAGUUGAGAGGAUAACUUUAAAUCUGUGAGAAAAUGGGAAGAGAGAAGAAUGCUUUCAGUAGAUAAUUGUAAAGUGAGGGGACAUAUCGACCUGGCCUCAUUUAUGGGAUAAUUGUUAAAAAAUGAAUAAAUGAGAAGAGGAAACGACGUUUUCUAUAAAUAAUACUCUAGUGAGAGAACACAUCAGGCUAGCCUUAUUGAUGCGUCACCACAUUAAUGGGAAAAGUUAAAAUUUUAUCUGUAAAUGGAAACAGGGAAGAAGGCUUGCUAUACAUGAACUUGACACAAUUGAUGGAUUGACAGACAGAUGGGACAGCAUCAUAUUGAUGGAUAAAUGGACAGAUGAAAGAGGUUUUAGGGGAUAAUUUGACAUUGAUGAGUAAAUUGGAACAAGGAGAAUGUUUUCUAUAAAUAUCCUGAUCGGCAAAUGCAAAGGUUAGGACAAGGUUUACAGUGCGAUGAGUAAGCAGAAAUAGGGAAGAAAGUUUUCUAUAAAUAGUAGUAAUGUGAGAAGACAUGCCUUGAUGGGUCGAUGCAUUGAUGGGACAACUUUAAUUUUACAGAAUAAAUUGAAAGAGUAAGGAGGAUGUCUAUUAAUAGUAGUGAAGGGGAAAAUAUCUUGACUGUUUAUGAUUAGACAAUCUGGUGUCUGAGUACUUUUGAACCUGGGGUUUAAUGGGUCUACCCAGGAAGCGGACAGAUUCAACAACAUUAUGCCAAGUAGAUAUAUCUACUGCAAGACAUCUUCAUUCAACACCUGAUUAUGCGAACCAUUUUUUUACGAUUUGUUUCCACCAGCUUUGUAGUCACUUAUAUUAGGGAAUAUAUUUGAUUUUCUUUGGCUGAUCCAGCUAGAGAAACUCAGUUACAGUCAAAGCCAACCCGAGUCUCAGCUAGAGUUCAUUAUCGAAGCUUGGUUGCAGGUAUACCCAAUAUCUCUACGGUUGAGGUAUCCCAAACCCUCCCCCCACCAAUUAUCUACUUUAACUCUAUUUUCCAACGUGUAGAUUGUUGAGUGCCGGCGAGUGCUCAAGUGGACAUAUGCAUACGGAUAUUACUUGCCGGACACUGAAUAUGCCAAGCGAAAUUUCUUUGAAUAUCUUCAAGGUUUUUAUUAUCUACUAGUAUAGUUGCCACUACUAUAUUUUCUUCCCCUUGUUUUCCUGAGAUCUUCUAGUUAUCUCCCAGGUGAGGCCGAGUCUGGGUUGGAGCGGCUCCAUUGGUGCGCUGAGAAGGAGCUCCAGGUUUUUAUUGAGGCCGAAGGCCCUUCAAAGGAUUUCAACGACUUUCGCACUAAGUUGGCUGGGUUAACAAGGUGCUCUUCCAAGUAUUUCGCACUAAGUAUUUCCCGUGGUUUCGUCACUGUGGGCACCAUGCUCACUGGAGUUGAGCUCUCAUUUUCCCGAUUUGGUGAUUCCAAGUAUGAAUGAGGAGAGUGCAUUCUGCCCACCAUAAAUGAACGAGCUAAGUAAAUUCUACGUACGAAAAAAUCUAAUAUUUCUAGAAAUAUCUGGGAAUUAUGGGAUGAUCCAUGGUUCGUAGUCAGUUGAGUGAUUGCUCAUGCGCACUUUUCGGUUUGAUAUCCUGGCAAAACGCGAUGAUUGUGGAGAUAAUUUGACUUUCUUUCGAUUAUUCUUUUACUUUUAACAUGAGUUGGUCAGCGGGGAAUGACCCAAUAAAAAAGAUUAUAAAAGAAAAACGGAGUUUUCCGACAAGUUUCUGUCCACUGGUUAAUGAUCUUUGAAGUACAAUGAUAAUCUGGUGUGGUUCUCUGCUGUUUGUUGAUGAACAGCGUGGCCCGGAACUUCUUUGAGAACCUCAUCAGGGCCCUCGAAACGGGGCUGAACGAUGUGGGUUCUUCCACCCAUCCGGCAGCACCAUCAGCAGAGCCUAGAGAGGUGAGGAGAGCAAGGCGGAGAGGUCGGCUUCCUUCAGAUCCGGUGGCCCAAGCUGCAGCAGCCUCGACGCUGGAAGCCACUGAUUCUGUGGCCGCUGCACUUUCGUCAAUGUGA